GGCCUCCUCUGCUCUUCACCACUACAACACGACCGCUGCGCAAACUCAAAUGUCUCCUUUGAACCUCCUAGCUGCGAGCUGCAACAAGAUGUACUCCCAUCACACGCCGCACUCACAAAUAUCACCGGUUUCCACAGCUUCAUGUAGCAGCGACGGUUACGCUUCGCAAGUGCCGUUGGAGUCCUCCCGUUCUCCAUUGGAGUACUCCCCGCACUACCAGCCCUUGUACAAUCACAGCUACGGUAACCAAUAUUGGUUCCAAAAUUCACCUCCGCACGCUGACAUAGCUACAAGUGGAUACCAGCCCCAGCAACAGCAAUACCAGUGGUCGCAAAAUAGUUACAUACCUACGUUAUCGUCAAUGAAUAGGCACCUCAUCAAGCCGUGUGAUUUUCCAACGUACUCCUCUAAAGCGAGAAGAUGCAUCAAAUGUCAGUGCCCAAACUGUGUGAACGAGGAGAACGGUUUGAAGAAACCGUCGUCGAAAAAGGUGCAUAUAUGCCAUUACCCUGGUUGUGACAAAGUGUACGGGAAAACCUCGCAUCUGCAAGCUCAUCUACGUUGGCACACAGGCGAACGUCCGUUUGUAUGCAACUGGUUGUUCUGCGGAAAAAGAUUCACCCGUUCAGAUGAACUACAAAGACACCUCAGAACUCACACUGGCGAAAAACGUUUCGCUUGCACCAUAUGCUCCAAAAGAUUCAUGAGAUCAGAUCACCUGGCAAAACACGUGAAAACCCACAAAAACGGCAAGAAAAGCGAGUCUCCCAAACCCGAAGCCGCAUCGCCGUUAAAGUCGGAAAAUGUGGAGGAAUAUACACCCCCGCAAGUGCCAUCAUUACCCCCAAGUGCAAAACCAGAUUCCCCACAAACCACCACGAAUUAUAUUCCUGAAACAAUGUUACACCAUCCGAGAUAUGUUACGAGUAACGUGGAGCAGAAUAUGAUGCACAACAACAUGUUUAAUCACUCUUUAAUGCCAUCAAAUACCAGCCUUUAUAAUGGCUACACAGGCCUUUAUCUGCAAUAAUUUUAUUUACUUAUAGGUGUAAAAAUGUACAUGCAAUAAAAACAAUCAUGUUAUUUAAGGGAUCAACUUUUUGUUUAAAAAGACUGCCAUAUUUUGUAUAUUAUUUGUUAAUUUAUUUGUUAUUUGUACAAA